AUGGCGCUGGACCUUCAGCCGCCCGACGGUCGCAAACGAGUCAAGGUCUACGAACUGAGGGAUAAUGACUGGUUCGAUCGCGGUACCGGUUUCUGCAUCGGUCAGGUCCUCAAUGAAAUCCCGCGAAUAUUUGUCGAGUCGGAGGACGAGCCCAAUCGCGUCCUGCUGGAAACGAGAAUCUCGAAGGAAGAUGGCUAUCAAAAACAGCAAGACACCUUGAUUGUUUGGACUGAGCGGAGCGGCACGGAUAUGGCGCUGAGCUUCCAAGAGGCCGAAGGCUGCGCGGUGAUAUGGGACUUUGUCAAUACUGUCCAGCAACAACUUCUCAACUUAGCGGCGGCUGGUGAGUGCACGGUGGAGCAGGUGGAAUAUGUGUCUGUUGACCCUGAGCUGUUACUAACUGGAAGCGAUUUAUCCGCAAAAGACGAUGCUCUCUCCGACGACCUUGAAAGCUAUCAAUCUGUGGUCUUGCCUGCCCCGGAGCUGGGCAAUCUCCCGGAUAUCGAACAGAUCGUUCGAGCCGCCAGCAUGACGCAAGCCGGACGCGACGCGCUAUCAAAAUUCAUCAUUCGCGACGAGUACAUCGGAAAGCUGGUUCCUCUCGUCACCAUGGCCGAAGACCUCGAAAGUCUCAUCGAUCUGCACCGACUCUGCAACAUCAUGAAAUCCCUCAUUUUGCUCAACGACAACACUAUCAUCGAGACUGUGGUGGCGGAUCAGAUUAUCCUGGGCGUGGUCGGGGCUCUAGAAUACGACCCCGAAUUUCCCACACACAAGGCAAACCAUCGACAGUAUCUCGCCGAUCAGUCGCGCUACAAAGAGGUCGUUCCAAUCAAGGACCCGCUGAUUCGAAGGAAGAUUCGGAGCACAUGGCGAUUGCAAUAUCUCAAGGAUGUGGUCCUCGCUCGCAUCUUAGACGAUCCAACGUUUUCCGUGCUCAACUCAUUGAUCUUCUUCAACCAGAUGGAAAUUGUGAACCAUAUCCAAUCGAAUGCGCCUUUCCUCCGCGAUCUCUUCGCUGUCUUCGACCCACGGAAUGCCGACACCAAGCGCAAGGACGAUGCCGUUCAGUUUCUCCACCAGUGUGCAGCCAUUGCAAAGAAUCUGCAGGCUCCAUCGCGCGCUCAGCUGUUCGGCAACUUCAUCAGUCACGGCCUGUUUGCAGUCAUCGCUUUCGCCGUGAAACACCCAAAUCCGGCUAUGCGCACGACAGGAAUCGAUAUUCUCGUGGCAUUACUGGAUCAUGACCCAGUGAUGAUGCGCGGAUACAUGCUGAAAGCUGUGAACGAGAAGAAGACCCCCCUUACCGAUACCCUGAUAGACUUACUUCAUGCCGAAACGGACCUUGGUGUCAAAAACCAACUUGCCGAUGCUCUUAAAAUCCUGCUUGACCCCCAGAUACCCCUGCAGGAUCCCCUCGGUCGGGCUGGUCCCGAUUAUUACAAAGUCCGCACUUCCAAUCUUCUCUCCGACGCAUUUGUCCAGCAGCAUUUCGAUGAGUCUUCAAAGCGACUCUUCCAGCCUCUUAAACUUCUCGCCAAUCGUGCAAACCUUAAUGACUUGACGUUCCAAGAAGUCACGCUCUAUGCGCACCUCGUUGAUAUCCUCACCUUUUUUGUUCGUCAGCACCUAUUCCGGACACGGAAUGCGAUCCAGAGUGAAUCGCUCGCCCCUAGGGUUGCUCAGCUUCUCAAGGCUCCUCAAAAGCAUCUGAAGCUAGUUGCCCUCAAAUUCUUCCGUACCUUGAUCAGUCUCCACGACACCUUUUACCAAGCUCUCAUGACACACAACAACACAUUCGGAUUGAUUCUCGAUAUCGUUCUUGAGACGAUGCCCCGUGAUAACCUACUCAACUCUGCUUGCCUCGAGCUGUUUGAGUUCAUCAAACGGGAGAAUAUCAAGCCGUUCAUCUUGCACGUGGUGGAGAAGUACCGCGAGAAGCUGGAGGCCAUCACCUACGUCGACACAUUCGAGAGCUUGAUCAUGCGCUUUGAGCAACUGCAGGGUUACGGCACCGAGGCUGAUUCGACGCUGUUCAGCCAGGACGAAGGCAGCACCCCUCGCAGGAUGCCUUUGAAUGGUCAACGCUGGCAAGGCAUGAAAGAGAUGGACCCUGAUGAAGAACGAUACUUCGAGACGGCCGAUGACGAGGAUGAAGAUGACUGGGCGCCGGAGAACCGUACUGCUCUUACGACUGGAGCGCCAAAUGGGUCGGCCUCCCCGAUGGUCAAACCAUUGGUUGAUUACCCUGAUGACGAUGAUGAUGAAGACGCAAUGGACACCACCAAACCCGAUGAUUUUGCAGGUGGAGCUACAGACCAGCCGGCAAGUACAGCAGGUGUCGAGGUAAAAACUUCACUCGAACCAGCCGCUACGCCAUCAUCACCGGUUCAAACGCCCCCAGCACCGGAACGCUUAGCGGAGAAACGCCGACGUGAAGAAGAAGACGAUGAUGAGCUGUCUAAACUUGCAGCAGGUCCAAAGCGCCGCAGCUCAACUAGCAGCAACUCUGGCGCCGGAAUUCUGAACCGAAAGAAGCCCCUGUCAGUCGGCUCGGAGAAGGGCGCUGCUGUCUUGGGAGGUGUUGCAAGUGCAGCACCCAAGAGAAUUGCUAUCAACAUCGGUCCCACGAAGACUUCCUCCUCGGAAGAUGACCCAUCUUGUGCCGGCGUGUCUACCGAGGGCAACGAGAAAGAGAAUCGAGACGACAGUCAAGGGGAGGGAGGAGAAUGA